AUGAUUUUCGCUGGAAUAUUAGUGCUUUGCCAGUAUCUUUAUGCCGUCUAUGGUGCUGCUGUACCUCCCCUAGCUGACCUCAGUGGGGAACACCGUUUCUUCAUGUCAGGGAAAUCCACGAUUCUAAACGAGUUUCUUGUAAUGUUCAAGCCUAUGGUCGAUCGAGAGGAGGUGGAGGUAGGUCUUUCCGUUUUGGCCGGGCGGUUCCCCCUUGCACAGUUCGAACAGUUCCACAUCGCCGAUGAACUGAUCGGAUUCACUGUAAAGAACUUCCCUUUCCACAACGUUUACUUCUUGUUGCAAAUCCCAUUUGUCGAGAUGGUCGAAACCAAUUCUAAAGUGUACGCUUUGAACGUGACCGUUCAAGAGGAUGUCCCCUGGGGGUUGAUGCGGCUUUCUCAACGAGACAGAGUGCGCAUUGGGGACGAGCAAGUUUACAGGUACGACACGCGGGGGAGCGCUAAAGAUGUUAACGUGUACAUAUUAGAUACUGGGAUUCAAGUGGAUCAUGAGGAAUUUGAGGGGAGGGCUCGGUGGGGGAAGACGAUUGCCUGGAACGAUCCGGAUAGGGACGAUAACGGGCACGGGACACACUGCGCCGGGAUUGUUGGUGGGGCCACCUACGGCGUUGCGAAGGAGGCCAACUUGAUUGCUGUGAAAGUGUUGCAUGCUACAGGCGAUGGGGAGAUGUCAGACGUGAUCAGGGGGAUAGAGUUUGCCGUGAACGAACAUUUGACUCGUAACCAGGAUGAGGUAAGAGGUUCCAUCAUCAAUCUUUCCCUCGGUGCUGGAGAGUCCCCUGCUUUGCAGAGAGUGGUCACCGCUGCUUUGAACAAAGGUGUUCAUUUCGCCGUUGCCGCUGGUAAUGAGGAUGACAAUGCUUGUUACAGUUCCCCUGCUAACAUUGACGGUGUUGUGACUGUUGGUGGGUCCACUUUCAGCGACGACAGGGCGUUUUUCUCCAAUUGGGGUCCCUGUAUUGAUGUUUUUGCACCUGGUGUCAAUGUUAAAUCAUCGUACGUUGGGGCAGCGAAAAACAAAACGUUGAGUCUUUCCGGGACAUCCACGUCUGCACCGCACGUGGCUGGUUUAAUGGCGUACUUAUUGUCUUUGGAACCGGAUACGAAAAGCCAAUUUCAUACUGCGUGGAGCAAUCCGGCACAAUUGAAGCAGAAACUGGUUAGUUUGGCGACAGAGGGUAAAUUAUUCGAAGUCCCAGACGACACGGCCAACCUGAUGAUCUUCAAUGGCGUCAAACAAUAA